GAAAAAAUAAAGGUGAUAAGAGCGUUAUCUUAUCAUAUGAACAUUUAGACAAAGGGGAAGGCAACAUUCAUAAAAGGCAUUUGUGUGCAAAAUGUUUGAGUGGUGAAUAUUGUGUUGAAACUGGUGACUACUUAG